AUGUUGUAUCCGUCUGAAGUUGAGCAUAUGGUACACUAUUUGGAGGCUACACCUUCUCGGUCUUACAAAAGAAGGUCUUACAAGAGGGUACCAAAUUAUGAGGACUUGGAAAAGAGCUCUUCACCACCACUACCAUUUCUUCAACAAGCACCUAUACUUGAUUUGAAGCCUCUUCCACCUCAUUUGAGGUAUGCUUAUUUGGGAGAGUUAUAUACGCUUCUGAUUAUCAUUGAUAAUUCCUUAAGUGAAUUGGAGGAAGAAAAGUUACUUCGGGUGUUGAUGGAACACAAGAAAGCCAUUGGUUGGACUAUUGUAGACAUUCGGGAAAUUAGUCCUUCACUAUGCAUGCACAAAAUCCUUAUGGAGGACGAUUUUAAACCAUCAUCAGAGCAUCAAAGAUGGUUGAAUCCUAAUAUGAAAGAAGUGGUAGGAGUCGAGGUGGUAAAGUGGCUUGAUGCGAGUAUUAUUUACCUAAUUUCUGAUAGUGCAUGGGAUGAUGAACUUAUACCUACUGGACCCGUGACUGGUUGGAGGGUAUGCAUUGACUACUUUAGCGGGGUAUUCUCAUUAUUGCUUUUGGAUGGGUAUUCGGGCUAUAAUCAAAUUCCAAUAGCCCCGGAGGAUCAAGAGAAAACUAUAUUCACGUGCUCAUAUGGUACAUUUGUAUAUAGAAGGAUGCCCUUUGGUCUUUCCGAUGCCCCCACCAGUUUCCGAAGAUAUAUGAUGGCUAUAUUCUCCGACAUGGUAGAGAAAUGUAUUGAGAUUUCAUGCAAAGGGAUAGAAGUUGACAAGGUAAAAAUCCAAGUCAUUGAGAAAUUACCUCCACCAACCUCAGUAAAGGGGAUAAGGAGCUUUUGGGUCAUGUCGAAUCUUAUAAGAGGUUUAUCAAGGACUUCUCGAAGAUCACAAAGCCACUUUGCUCCUUACUUGAGAAGAAUACUCCAUUUGAUUUCUCUCAAAGAGUGCCUCCAUGCUUUCAACACUCUUAAAGAGAAGCUCAUCACAACUUAUAUCAUUGUAGCUUCGGAUUGGAAUUUACCAUUUGAGCUUAUGUACGAUUCAAGAGAUUAUGCUGUUGGAGCAGUUUUUGGGCAAAGGAGAGAUAAAAUCUUGCAUGUUACUUACUAUGCUAGAUGA